AUGUCCAGCUCAUCUUCCUCAGUGAAGACCACAACCAGAUACACGACAUAUACCCAAAGAUAUAUUCGUGUCUCCGAAAAACAUAUACUGCCACUAAUCAUUUAUCUUCGGCCAGAAAAUACAAAUUGGUUUAAUGAUGGAAUGUUUCAGGAACUAAUAGUGAAGUUGAGUAAAUUUCUACCGCCCAAAAUCGAUUCUAUGAGGAAGAGAAAAUCAAAUGAAUCAGAAGACAAACAGGAGGAACAGCAAAUUAGCGCAGAUAUUUUUCGUGAGAAAUUUCACUGUGCUUAUUAUUUCCGACCAACUGAUGUACGGCAUUCUGUUUUGAUCAAGGAUAAAGGAUACGUGUUCCCUUCCUCCUCUUCGAAUACUACUGGAGGGGAAAAAUUAAAAAGUAAAGAAAUAGAAGAAGAGAUAAAACCCGAAUUGCAAGUGAACUACAAUGGAUUUAGUGUCUUUAUUAAGACACUAGUCGUGGUGGUAGAACCUAUUGGCGAUGCUUUUGAAUUUAUUGACAAUGUCAAAGCUAAAUAUGUAGAUUCACUUGAAUCAUAUUUUUUUAGUUAA